GCCAUUUCAUUAGUGAUGGGCCUGAGGGCUUCAGGCUUAGAAAAGCUUCUGCUCUCUGUGGCCCACCUCCCACCUCCCCCACCUGCAGCAGCCCUGGUCUGGGGUACAGCCUGCUUCAGCCUACCCCCCCUCCCGGGUUCCCCUGCAGGUGAAUCUGGGAAAUCUGGGGAUCGCAGCGGCUACAGCAGUCCCGGCUCUCCGGGCACCCCCGGCAGCCGCUCCCGCACCCCCUCCCUGCCCACCCCACCCACCCGGGAGCCCAAGAAGGUGGCCGUGGUCCGGACUCCACCCAAGUCACCGUCAGCAGCCAAGAGCCGCCUGCAGACCGCACCAGUGCCCAUGCCGGACCUGAAGAACGUCAAGUCCAAGAUCGGCUCCACUGAAAAUCUGAAGCACCAGCCAGGAGGGGGGAAGGUGCAAAUAGUCUACAAGCCAGUGGACCUGAGCAAGGUGACCUCCAAGUGCGGCUCCUUGGGCAACAUCCACCACAAGCCAGGAGGCGGCCAGGUGGAGGUAAAAUCGGAGAAGCUGGACUUCAAGGACAGAGUCCAGUCAAAGAUCGGGUCCCUGGAUAAUAUCACCCACGUGCCCGGCGGAGGGAAUAAAAAGAUCGAGACCCACAAGCUGACCUUCCGGGAGAACGCCAAAGCCAAGACUGACCACGGGGCAGAGAUCGUGUACAAGUCGCCGGUGGUGUCGGGAGACACAUCGCCGAGGCACCUGAGCAACGUGUCCUCCACGGGCAGCGUCGACAUGGCGGACUCGUCCCAGCUCGCCUCGCUGGCCGACGAGGUGUCUGCCUCCCUGGCCAAGCAGGGUUUGUGAUCAGGCCCCGGGCGGUCAGUGACCGAGGAGAGAGGAGAGAGAGAGAGUGUGGGAAAAACAGCGUACCGCCCCUGCCCUUUGCCCCCGCCCUCCCCCAGCUGCUCCUCAGUCUGGCCUUAGUCACAGGAACUAAGAGCAAAUCUCAUCUUCCAAAUUGACGGGCAGGAUAAGCAGAAUAAAAUAUUUUUAACCAAAUACUUGCAAAGACGGCCACCCUCGACACUUCUAUGGGCAAAUUACCUUGGAUGCUCCCCCUCCACCCCCCAGUAGAAGAGGGAGACGGAGAGGCUCUGAAAACUACUCCUGGGGAAUUUCUAGGGACUUGGGCUACCCUUCCUCUGGCCCCGUCUGAGUGAGUGACACGGAGGCAGCAGCAGCCACGAGGGCUGUGGACCCACGGUGUGUCGUGGAGCCCAGGCAGAGGGCGACCUAUGUGCCGGGAGGCCCGGGAGGAAGCCCGGAGAGGCUGAGUCUGGGUGGGCGGGGGGUGGGCUGUGCGCUGAGAGGACACGCUGCGCCUUGCCUGUGAGGGGCCGCUGCCACCACCCACAGCAAAGGACCAUGGUCUUCGGUGGCCUGGGCUGGGCUGCGGGGCAGGGGCCUUGCACUGGGGGCAGCCUGAGCAGAGGGCCUCUGGGAGCUUGUCAGGAAGGUGGCACCUGCGACCUGCACCCAGACGACUGACCUUGGCGUCCCCAGACCGGCUUCUUCCUCCCUCCUGAAGAGCCAGCGGGUGCUGACCCUCCGCCCAAGAAGCCCUGCUGCGCGGAGCUCCGCCCCACAGCUCUGGGACUUCAGGGCUCACCAUCUCUUUGUAAGGACCUUGCCUCUUGGGGGACGUCCCUGCUGCCAGGCCUGGGCCUCUGGCACCUCUGGAUGGAUGGGAGGGGUCUGGGAGGUGGUCCGGAGCCCUCGUCCCUUCCUCUGCCAGUGCGUACCCGCCCUGCCGUGUGUGUUGUGGGGCCGGUCACUGCCCGUGUCCUUCCUCACGUCACCCUGUUCUAGUACUCGGCCUCGGCACGCCCUUCUCAGCAACGAGUACCAAGCGUCUGGGGUGAGGGGUAGUCAGGGGCGGCCAUGUCUGGCACAAGAGGUGUGUCCUCAGUCUGUCUGGGACACUUGUGUGACCCUGAUGACCUGGCAGUGCCCUGCCCAUUACGGAAGAUGAGUUGCAACGGGGACCCAGCGGUUCUGCCUUGCUGGCUUGAACCUCUUCCUUUCAGAACCCCCCCCACACACACCCCUCCGCCCUCACACUGGCAGUAAGCUGGGUGUCCUGCUUGGCUGGAGGCGACACCCAGACAGGUAGGGUGCCUGGAGCAGGACCUCGCCCCCUCUGUGCCUACUUUCACCCCAGCUUGUGACUGCCAGCCUCAGAGCCCCGCUGCAGCUCAAACCCGUGUCUAUAGUCAGCCCUCCACACCCACAGAGGAACAAGCCCCUUCAGGAGCGGCCUGCCCCCCACUCCCCCAUCCCAGCAGAAGCAGCUUCCUGUCCUGCUGGAGCAGCUGAACAUAUACAUAGAUGUCACCCUUCCCCUCUCUGCCCACCCUGUCAUGUUGUAGUUGGAGUCACCCGCUUAUGCUGGGUGUCACAAGAGUGACUAUGAUAGUGAAAAGAAAAAGAAAAAAGAAAAAAAAAAAAAAAGAAUGCAUGUAUCUUGGAAUGCUUGUAAAGAGGUUUCUAACCCACCCUUCUGGGGGCAGGGGGUGCGAGAUGUCUCUCACCCCCACUGGGAUGGGCCUCUCCUGGCACCCAGAGGCCAGGCUGACAUCCCAGAACCCUCAGCAAGGCUGACGCACAGCACUGAGGCUGUGGUGCCCCUCCCUAGCUUCAGGGUUUCAUUUUGGGGCUGCAGAGUGGGGAGUCUCGUGGCUGUCAGUGGCCACUCUCUGGUGGCAGCCUGGCGAGGCCCUCUGGUGGCCCUGAGUCUGAAAACCCCCUGCAGUGAGACAGAGGAAGCCAGUGCCAGCCGGGGAGGAGUGUCGCCCUGAGCUCUGAGCUCUGAGCCUCCAGGCACCCUCCCCCAAGCAUCCUUCAGGCACGGAGGCCCACCCUGCCCACCAGGGACUCUGAGCAGCUGAGCGGGAGACAGCGUUCCCACGGCCCCCCUCAGACCUUGAGCAGGGAGAGGGGAGCUGGCUCUGUGGCAGCACAGCGCCUGGGUGUAGCCGGAAGGACCCUGCGGGGACCCUGCGGGGCUGGGUGGUGGGAGCCCAGGGCCUCCUCCCAGGCCCAAGGGGCUGGAGGCUUUGUUUGCAGCCAAAGCUUCCUGUACAAGGAAUCAUCUUUCCAGAACCCCAGUUCCCAGAACUUUCCACUGUCCUGGGUCCCAGCCAUUCCUGAGUUCCGAGGGGGUGGAGGGGGGGGGGCAUUUUGAAAGAUCUCAUAGCUGUCACUCGACCCUCACUGCCGCCUCUGGUUUUGCCAGCAUUUCUUGGCCGCUGCGGUGUCCUUGCCCUUCAUGCAGGUUGCUCAGCUCGUGCCAAGGCCCCUCAAGGGCUCUGGAGUCUCCCUGUGACUGGGCCAGCGCUGGCCUGAGACAGACUGUAACUCUAGGCAGUGCCCCCCGGGCUGGGGACUUGUAAGGUUCCCCCACGUCCAGUGUCCCUCGGGUGGCACCUUGGAGCUCCCCGCUUACCUUGUCGACGGCCCCGCUGGAGCAUUGAGACUGUGUCCCGUCUCGGGUAUGUGUUCCACAGGACAGGCAGGGACUGGAAGAACCUGUAAGCUAGUGGCCAUGGGCCAAGGGCAGCCUGGAGCACAGCAGUUAAGCUGCCCUGUAGCCUUUUCCUUGGGGACUUGAGCCCUUGCCUUCUCAGUGCCACUUCCCCAAGUGCAGCAGAUGGGCAGCAAGUGCCCAUGUCCUUCUAGCCAGGUGCAGGCAUGGCACCAGGGGCCUGGAUGGUCGCUGUGGCUUGUUGCUUCUUCAGGACCCCCAGUCCCAAGCACACGGCCCACAGACCCUGGUGUCCUUCUGUCACUGCCACCUGCCACCUUUCCUACUGGCUUCAGACAUGCAGCCCAGACCUCUAGCAGCUGCCAAGACUUUGCCCUGUACCUCCCUUCAUCUUUGUCCCCAAGUCAAGCCAGGAGGCGAAUAAUCAGCUGUCCUCUAGAGAUCUGUGACUCCAAGACUUCUGACUUCUCUUCAACUUCAAAAAGGUCACCCUGGGUACCGACUCAGCCUCACCUCCUGAUGGGCUUGGCCCUGUCUCUGAAUUUGCAAGUUCCAUGACUUAUUUGGUGAAUUGAGGGUGGGGAGGGAGGGACAUGAAACCAACCACCUUAGCUUAGCUUCCUGUCUGUGAAUGUUCAUGAUGUACUGUGUGUUUUAACAGAUGAUUACACUGACUGUUGCUCUAAGUGAAUUUGGAAAUAAAGUUAAUACUGGUUAAGUAAA